UAUUUGGUCACAAAGCUUGCCGCGUAUAUAACUGAAGAACAUCCCUCUUCAGAUCUUAAACGAUUUUGACCUAGUGUAGAGUGAGCAUCAAGUUGUUCAGCCAGUAUUUCAGUCAUUGGAAAUGUAUUUCAAUCUUUUUUAAAAUUUGGUGAUAUCAAGAGAUAUACGUCUACAAUAAAUUAUAAUUUAUUGAAGAAUAAAAAUAAGAAAAUAUCGGUAGUGUUGUGGAAUUGAGUGAAAUUGUAAAUUUGGAUUAACAAUUAGCCAAUUCAAAUACACUCAUCACAAUGGAAGUCUACUCCCGCUUUCCUGUGGAAAGUGCUGAAGCCCUUGAUUUUUCGGUAGCUCCGAAAUCGGAUUCAUUUCCAAAAUCAGCAGAUUUUCCAGUUCUGGAUCUUUCUUGUAAAAAAGAGACUUUACAGGAUCAUCAGAUUGGAUCAUAUAGUUUAAGUCCAGUAUCAUUAGAAAACCAUUCAUUAUCACCAACUAGUCAUGAAGCUCAUAACAAUAAUCAGCCUAAAACUUCAUCAGAAGAAGAAAGAAAAAGUCCCGUCGAAGAAAGAACGUAUAUGGUAACACCUCCGUCGGAAUCAGAAUCACCAUCAAAGAAGUUCCCGCCAAUUUAUCCACAGCUGUGUUCAUCGCCGACGGAUAUUGCCUAUAGGUAUCCUCUUAUUUUGCCCGUGAACGAAUCUCAAACGCCGUCUCCACUUCCUCCAUUAUCUUUAUCUACGUCUAGUGAAAAUGUAAGUCAGAUUCCAUCAUUUUCAUUAACACCAACUACUCCAGUACCUUCAAAUGUAAGUCCAAAACCCGACAACAGUGCUUCUGAUGCAUCGAAGAAAGCACCAAGGCCUUUCAAAGCCUACCCCAAAGAUCCACUAGCUUUAACCGUUGGUCCAGCAGAAUUUAUAUAUGAUCCAACAUCUAAGGAAGCUUAUAGUGAAUUCCGUAAGCGAAUGCUCGAAUCUGUAAGGAAAACAAAUGAAGGUACUAAUAUCAAAAUGAGAAGAGUUAGUAAAAAUUCUAAUUUACCAACGAGCACAAUGGACGACAAAGAUGCUGCUUAUUGGGAAAGGAGAAGAAAGAACAAUGAAGCUGCUAAACGGUCUAGAGAUGCAAGAAGGGCCAAAGAAGAUGAGAUUGCAAUUAGAGCAGCCUUUUUGGAGCAGGAAAAUAUGAAACUUAAAUAUGAAAUAGUUGCAUUAAGAAAUGAAACUGCCAGAUUGCGGUGUUUGGUUUAUUCAACAUAAUUAAUUUAAGUCUAAUAUUACUAAUAAAUUAUAGCUUCUGUAAAUACUUCGGUUUAAGUUUCAUACUUAAUAAGAAUAAAAUCAAAUGAGAUAAUUAA